UUUUGCCUAAUGGUAAAUCCGCCCCUGGCUGAGAGACGUUAACCUGACAACAGCCAGGUUGUCAGUUAGAGAGACGUUGCUUUGGAAGAAGAAACAUGAGUUCUUGAUCCGGAGAAGCUGAAUUUCAAACUUUACCGAAGGCUGCUUCCGAUCAUCAUCAUCUAGCUUCAAGGAGAGUUUAUCAGCGAGCAGUAGAAACACUGACGGAGGUUAAAGGAAGACCCAAAGUGGAGAUGGACGAUCAGCACAGACUGCUGGAUUUCACCAGGAUCCCCCAGAUCAUCUUACACCGGAUAGACCGCCUCCAGCAUUAUGAUGGAAAAGAAGAGGUUUUCUCUGAGCAGUGGUCCUCUGAACAGGAAAGGAGAUCCAGGUUGGAUCAAGCGGAACCAGAACCUCUGCAGAUAGGAGAACAGCAAAAGCCAGAACAUCACGGGACAAGAGAGGAAACCAUUGAGCUCCUCAUUAGUGAGCACGAAGAGCAGGUUGUUUUGGAACAGAAGACUUUAAAUACUGGAAAGAAACCUUUAACAUGUUUGACAUGUGGAAAAGUGUUUCUAAAAAAAGGCAAUUUAAUGGUUCACAUUAGAACUCACACAGGCGUGAAGCCUUUCGAAUGUCUGUCAUGUGGAAAAGAAUUCACUCAGAAAUCUAAUCUUGAAACCCACAUGAGAAUUCACACAGGUGAGAAGCCUUUCGAAUGUCUGUCCUGUGGAAAAGAAUUGACUGAGAAAUCUAGUCUUGAAACCCACAUGAGACUUCACAUAGGCGUGGAGCCUUUCGAAUGUCUGUCAUGUGGAAAAGAAUUCACUCAGAAAUCUAAUCUUGAAACCCACAUGAGAAUUCACACAGGUGAGAAGCCUUUCGAAUGUCUGUCCUGUGGAAAAGAAUUGACUGAGAAAUCUAGUCUUGAAACCCACAUGAGACUUCACAUAGGCGUGAAGCCUUUCGAAUGUCUGUCAUGUGGAAAAGAAUUCACUCAGAAAUCUAAUCUUGAAGCCCACAUGAUAAUUCACACAGGUGAGAAGCCUUUCGAAUGUCUGUCCUGUGGAAGAGAAUUCACUGUGAAAUCUAGUCUUGAUAGACACAUGAGAAUUCACACAUGUGAGAAGCCGUUCUCCUGUACAAAUUUUGGAAAAAGUUUUACUCAAAAAGGUAAUUUGAUCAGACACAUGAAAAUUCAUACAGUUGAGAAGAUGAAUGAAUGGCUGUCCUGUGGGAAAAGCUUCAAUGAAAAAAAAUCUUAAUAUGCACAUUAGAAAUUCACACAAGUGAGAAGCCGUUUUCCUGUAUGAUUUGUAGAAACAUUGUUCAUGCAUAUUUUUCACUUGUGGUAAAUAUCCAUUGUUGUGUGAAAAAAGUUUUCAACUGUUUGGUCCAGUUAAAUAAAGGAGAUCGAUGGAUUUACUCAGUCGGCACUUUAUUUACUUUGCAAAGUAAAGGAGAAAAAGACAUUCACAUUCACAGCAUGAUGGUCUGCCAAGUUCUAACCUUAGACAAGUUGUUCCCUUGCUUUUAAGGCAGACUCAAAACAAUAACAGACACUUUGGUUAAACAGUUACCUUGGAAAAGUAUGUGGUUUUGUUAUGAGAAAAAGGUAUGUCUUGUCUAUAACCAUCUCCCACUCAGACAUUUUGUGGCCUUGCAAGUGAGACAAACUAGCUGAGAAAAAACAUUUUUAGAGAAUACAUAGCAUACUUCAAUA